AUGGAAAGCAGUGAGGUGAACGACUCCUACAUAUCGCUGGUGUCGGACACCAAAGCACAGUUGGUUGGGCCCAGUGGUGGGCCGGUGACCUUCGAGGAGCUGGCUGUGUACUUCACGGAGGGGGAAUGGGCUCUGCUAGACCCUGCUCAGAGAGCCCUGUACAGGGAGGUCAUGCAGGAGAACUAUGCCACUGUGGCCUCAUUGGGGUUUCCAGUUUCCAAACCUGAUGUGAUCUCCCGGCUGGAACGAGGGGAAGAGCUGUGGGUCCAAGCUCUCCAGGGCUCUGAGGAAAGAGAGCUCCAGAAAGGUGCCCAGACAGGAGAUGGGAUGCUGAGUGAGAACGAGGAGAAGAGUCCCCACCUGGAAGAUGCUGAACAAGUAGAACCACAUGGGACAUUAGCAGGAAGAUCCAAAGGGAAAGUUUCUUGGAGUUGUGCAGAGGCAAAAGCCUGUGAGAGUCAGCAUAGGCCAGAGAAAAGCUUCUGUAGUGGCUCAGAUGUUAUGAGACAUGAAAGAAUGAACAUGGGAGAGAGACCCUACACAUGCCUUGAGUGUGGAAAAAGUUUUAGUCAAAGCUCAAACCUCAUCACGCAUCAGAUAAUCCACACAGGAGAGCGGCCCUACAUGUGCUCUGAGUGCAGGAAAAGUUUCAGUCGGCGCUCGGACCUGAUCAAACAUCAGAGAGUCCAUACAGGAGAGCGACCCUACACAUGCUCUGAGUGUGGGAAAAGCUUCAGCCAGAGCUCAAGCCUCAACAAACAUCAGAGAAUCCACACAGGAGAGCGUCUCUACAUGUGCCUUGAGUGCGGGAAAAGCUUUAUAAACAGAUCACACCUUCUCGCACAUCAGAGAAUCCACACAGGAGAGCGACCCUACACGUGCUCAGAGUGUGGGAACAGCUUCAAACUCCGCUCUCACCUCAUCACACAUCUGAGAGUCCACACAGGAGAGCGACCCUACACAUGCCUUCAGUGCGGGAAAAGCUUCAGCCAAAGGUCACAGCUUACUACACAUCGGAGAAUCCACACGGGAGAGCGACCCUACACAUGCUCUGAGUGCGGGAAAAGCUUCAAACACAAGUCACACAUGUUGGCACAUCAAAGAAUCCACACUGGGGAGACACCCUACACAUGCUCUGAGUGUGGGAAAAGGUUUAGUGGGAGCUCAACAUUCAGCAUACAUCAGAGAAUCCACACGGGCGAGAGACCCUACUCGUGCACAGAGUGUGGGAAAAGUUUUUGUUGGAGCUCAGCUUUUAUCAAACAUAAGAAAAUCCACACAGGAGAGCGACCCUACACGUGCUCUGAGUGCGGGAAAAGCUUCAGUCGGCGCUCGGACCUGAUCAAACAUCAGCGAGUCCACACAGGAGAGCGACCCUACAAAUGCUCCAAGUGUGGGAAAAGCUUCAGCCAGAGCUCAACCCUCAGCAAACAUCAGAGAAUCCACAUGCGAGAGCGAUCCUUCACAUGCCCCUGA